AUGCNGUUAAUAGUGACCGGGUUCUCAUCAAACCAAACCACGUCACCGGAUGGCAAACCCUACCCAGCGGAGGUCCACGAGCAUAGCAAAUUCCCCACACAGCAACCAGAUAGUGCAGACGACACUCACCGACAGGACAGAGUCUGUGACACACAGCUGGCGCCGCCCUACAUGGUGGACAAAAUUGGUGUGAUCCUUCUGGUUGAUCAGUGUCGGACUGUGGAUUACUGGAUCACACUGUGGUGGGUUUACUGGGGAAAUGAUUGGUGGCCUGUCAUGAACUACCCCUGGUGGGGAUGGCACUGGUAUCACUGGUGGUACUAUCAAGUCGAUGCAGAGCCGCCAUUUUUGAAGGAAGAAGGUUUCGAUUUUUGUGCUGGCGUUGUAGAACGGAGUGGGGCUGGAAACGUGUGCUGA